GAAUAAAUAUACAAGAAAUAAAGAAACAUUUAAAACGUUUUAGAAAUAUUAUUUAUGAAUGUGUACCAGUUGACAUUGAACGUGAUCUGGAGCGCUCUUGUUGUUUUUUUAUUCGUUCUCCUAUAAAAGCCCGGGGGCAACUGAUUUCAAGCUCAAAUUAUAUUUCUCGCACUCGCUGUUACCAUGAAAUCUUUAUUCGUAAAGUUCGUCGUGUUAUUUUUAGUACUUACGAGAUCAAACUGUGUUCCGGGAAGAUUAGGUACUAUCGAUCGAUAUCUUCCGGAAUUUACGGAUACCGAUGAUCAGUCAUUUACGACUACUCCGACUGAGUCUGACGAAAAAACGGACGAUUAUAUUUGGGACUACCAUGCAGAUGAUAAUACCGACGCGACCCCGAAAGACAUACCUUUGAAAAAAUUAGUGGAUCAUAUCGAAUUGCUCGCCGGACAGGAUGGUACUAUCAAAGGGCAGUACGUGUACACUGACAAGACAGGCCGUUCUGUUACCAUCGUGUACGUUGCUGGUCUUUCGUCAUCGCUUGCGGCGUACAUUGAUGCCGAAUAAAUAUCUUAUGUAUUGUCGUUGUGUUUAAUUUGGUUUUUUUUCCGAUCUUAACAUAGAAUAUGUUAUAUGUUUCGGAGCAUUAUCUGUCAAAAUCGACGUCGAAAAU